GCAGGAGCGGGAGAUGCCGCGUCGGCAUCGCUUCCCCGCCCCUGCGAGCCCCGCGGCCGCCUGCACCCGCCGGGCAGGUCAUUUGACAAAAUGGGAAAUGGAUCAAUGAAACACAAGCAUCUGAAGCGGCCAGAGAGACAUGUAGCAAACUUCUCCAUUAGCUAUUCUGGCAAUGGGAAGUUGCUGAAAGACCCUGCCCUGGGCAUCAAUGUGUCAGGGAGAGCUGAUGUUCUUAGAAGCAAGGUGCUGGAGCUUGAAAGGGAGCUGAAGAGAAAAGAUGAAGAGCUACGUGAGAGUGAACAUCAUAUCACAGAGCUACAGGAACAGCUGGCUACGCAAACGAAAGCCAUAGCAGAACUCACUGAGGAACUCCAGAGCAAAUGCAUCCAGCUGAACAAGCUACAAGAUGUUGUUAACACUCAAGGAGGGAACUCCUUCCAUUCUUCACCAUUUAAAAUGGCCCAGAGGCUCAACCAAACUGUUUCCGAUGCGUUUUCUGCUAACAGGAGGAGAGGUGCGAAGGAAGGUGUUUCUGCAGAGCCAACAACUAGGAUGUAUGAUCUGAGUAAACAACCCAGGUUUUCCUUUGAAAAAGCAAGAGUCAGAAAGGACUCCAGUGAGAAAAAACUCAUUGCAGAUGCCCUGAAUAAAAAUCUGUUUCUCAAGAGACUAGACCCUCAGCAGAUCCGAGACAUGGUAGAAUGUAUGUAUGGGAGAACAUACCAGCAGGGGAGCUUUAUCAUCAAACAAGGAGAGCCGGGCAACCAUAUUUUUGUGUUGGCAGAGGGCAGGCUGGAAGUUUUUCAGCAGAACAAGCUGCUCUCCUCAAUCCCUGUGUGGACAGCAUUUGGUGAGCUAGCCAUUUUAUACAACUGCACAAGGACAGCCUCUGUGAAAGCUAUCACAAAUGUUAAAACAUGGGCAUUGGACAGAGAGGUGUUUCAGAACAUCAUGAGAAGGACAGCACAAACAAGACAAGAACAGUACAGAAAUUUUCUCAGAAGUGUAUCCCUACUGAAAAACCUACCUGAAGAUAAGCUAACAAAGAUAAUCGAUUGCUUGGAAGUGGAAUACUAUGACAAAGGAGAUUAUGUUAUUCGUGAGGGAGAGGAAGGAAGUACCUUCUUUAUAUUAGCCAAAGGAAAGGUUAGAGUUACCCAAAGUACUGAUGGUCAUGCCCAGCCCCAGUUGAUUAAAACAUUGCAGAAGGGGGAUUACUUUGGCGAAAAGGCUCUGAUCAGUGAUGACGUCAGAUCAGCAAACAUUAUUGCAGAUGAAAAUGACGUGGAGUGCCUUGUUAUAGACCGAGAAACAUUUAACCAGACAGUUGGAACCUUUGAAGAACUCCAAACAUACCUUGCAGGUUAUGUGGCUAAUCUGACCCGUGCUGAUGAAAGAAGACAAGCUAAGAGAUCCUCCUGUGGGCAGUUGACUAACGAGCUCUCUUUGGAGAUGAUACAGCUGAAGGAGAAAGUAGACCGAUUCCCUUCUUCAUCCCCAUUCCAGAACCUCGAAGUUGUCACAACUCUGGGUGUUGGUGGGUUCGGAAGGGUUGAACUUGUCAAAGUAAAAAAUGAAAAUUUAGCUUUUGCUAUGAAGUGUAUAAAGAAGAAACAUGUAGUGGAUACCAAGCAACAAGAGCAUAUCUACUCUGAAAAGAAGAUCCUAGAAGAGACAUGUUCUCCAUUCAUUGUGAAAUUGUAUCGCACAUUCAAGGACAGUAAGUAUGUUUACAUGCUACUGGAGGCCUGCCUUGGAGGAGAACUGUGGAGUUUACUGAGGGACAGAGGCAGUUUUGAUGAAUCCACUGCUAAGUUCUGUGUUGGGUGCGUGACAGAGGCUCUUGAAUAUUUGCAUCAUAAAGGAGUUAUCUACAGAGACCUGAAGCCAGAAAAUUUAAUUUUGGAUGGUGAAGGGUAUAUCAAAUUGGUUGAUUUUGGAUUUGCUAAGAAGAUUGAAGCUGGGCAGAAAACCUGGACAUUCUGUGGCACUCCUGAGUAUGUGGCUCCUGAAGUCAUUCUGAACAAAGGCCAUGAUUUUGGCGUGGACUUUUGGUCACUUGGAAUUCUUGUGUAUGAACUCCUUACUGGGAAUCCACCAUUUUCUGGAAUUGAUCAAAUGAUGACUUAUAAUUUGAUUCUAAAAGGCAUUGAAAGACUGGAUUUUCCUAGAAAAGUAACAAGGAGAUCUGAGGAUUUGAUUCGCCGACUUUGCAGGCAAAACCCUACAGAAAGAUUGGGAAAUAUGAAGAAUGGAAUAAACGAUAUUAAGAGACACAGGUGGCUGAAUGGUUUCAACUGGGAGGGACUGAGAAUGAGAAAGCUGAUAUCGCCUUUAAAAAGAGAGCUUGCUGGACCCACAGACUUCAGCUACUUUGACACCUAUCCUCCUGAAGAAGGACACCCUCCAGAUGAGCUUUCAGGCUGGGAUAAAGAUUUCUGAAAGAUGCUACAAAGUUUGCUAAUAAUUUACUUGUAGAACACAGGAUAUCAGGACCAUACUCAUCAAUCAUAAUUCCUCCCUUUAGUUGGUUUAGUAAAAUCAAGGCAUACUAGCUUGGUGGAAAAUAUUCUGUUCCUUGAAAAACAAAAGAAGAGAGCACAGUGAGCAAAAUGCAUCCCUUCAUGCUUGCAGUUUAGAUCAUGUUGUACGUCUACCUCUUAUUAGAAGUGCAUUAAUUAAUUUGACAACUUAAAUGUUUCGAAAUGCCUCUGUGAGCAAGAUCAGUCACUAAGGAUUGGAUGCAAGCAUAGCAGUAUUUCCAGUGACAGGACCAUGUUUUGAUUAUGAGGAUUAAAGCACGUCUUUAGUUUUAAGGAGACCAACGGUAUCUAACUGUGGGAAUUAAGCUUCUGAAAUGUCACUUCUUACAACCCUCAUGCAUACUUGAUUUUUUUUUUUUUUUUUUUUUUUUUUUUUCAGGCAGUGUUAUGUAGAAAGAGAAGCACUUGGAAGAAAUAUUUUUUUCCUAAAAAUAAUGUUUGAUUUGACUGUAGGGUAAGGCUAGAAGCGCCUCAUUGUGGAAACAAUCUGUCAGUGUUAAUCCAGUGUUGUACCAGCUUGACUGCAUGAAAUAGAUUACAACAGAACAAAUGAAAGUAUAGACAAGAAAUGAGGUAUGUAACUUGUAGAAGUUGUCCUAUGAUGGUGUCUGUAGUGCUCAUUCUCCAAACAAUUGCAUUCAAGCUAAGUGUUUUUUAUUAAUGACUUGCUUUAUAUAUAAUGAAAAGUUAGAUGGGGCUGUUCCAAGCCAAUAAGCUUUAGCCAGAAUGGAAAGGGUUUUUAUAAAUACAGCAUACUCCAUUGUUUUUCUAGAAGUUUGUUUGUUGUCUCAUUAGUACAGAGAAUCCAAAGUGACGUCUGACCCCAUUCAUAUCAAUGAUAAAACUCAUUGGCUGCAGUAGAGGCAGGAUUUUACCUUUUAGAUCCACAAAGCAUUCAGAAAGAGUGAGACCCCAACCUCUGAGUAACAUGAUUUUUUUUAAGGAGGCACGUUCCUGUAGGAAGAUUCUGAGCUAUGCUUAUGUCAGAGAAAUAAGAUUAACUCCAUAUCUUUGUUUUCCUUGAUUAAGGGAAUUCUGUCUAACAAAUCAUUUGAAAGUGUUCUUUGUAUUUUCUCCUAUCUAAAAGUGCUUUUAAAAGUGUCUAGUAAUCAGUGAAUGAAAUCAUGACAGGGAAUGUAAAAUUUAUAUUGGAAAGAAGGCUCUACCUAGCUUUAAAGGAAGUUAAUAACCAUCCAGACACACUAACA